GAAGCGGCGGAAGCUGGGGCGGCGAAAUCCGGAGGCGACGGAACCCGUGGGCUGUGGAACCUUGGAUGCAGCGGAACCCGUCCGCAGCGCCCUCGGGGCCACCCGGACAAUGCUUGGGACGGAAACUCGGGCGCCGCGGCUUCCUGGUUGCCGGCCGGCCGGGAGGGCUGGGUUCAGCUUCUACGAUGUUACCCUACACAGUGAAUUUCAAGGUGUCGGCUCGCACCAUCACGGGGGCCCUCAACGCCCACAACAAGGCGGCGGUGGACUGGGGCUGGCAAGGUUUAAUUGCUUAUGGAUGUCACUCACUUGUGGUGGUGAUCCAUUCAAACACUGCCCAGACUCUUCAGGUUUUAGAAAAGCAUAAAGCUGAUGUUGUCAAGGUGAAAUGGGCCCGGGAGAACUAUCACCAUAACAUCGGCUCACCCUAUUCCUUGCGCUUAGCUUCUGCGGAUGUCAACGGGAAGAUCAUCGUGUGGGAUGUGGCAGCGGGCGUAGCGCAGUGUGAGAUCCAGGAGCAUGCCAAACCUAUCCAGGAUGUCCAGUGGUUGUGGAACCAAGAUGCUUCCCGGGAUUUACUUCUCGCUAUCCACCCUCCAAAUUACAUUGUGCUGUGGAACGCAGACACUGGCACCAAACUUUGGAAGAAGAGCUAUGCUGAUAACAUUCUUUCUUUUUCUUUUGACCCUUUUGAUCCCUCGCACGUAACAUUGCUCACCAGCGAGGGUAUUAUAUUCAUAUCUGACUUCUCUCCAUCCAAGCCUCCCUCCGGCCCUGGGAAGAAAGUGUACAUAUCCAGCCCACACUCCAGCCCUGCUCACAGCAAGCUGGCUGCAGCCACGGGUGCCAAAAAGGCACUUAAUAAAGUGAAAAUUUUAAUCACUCAGGAGAAACCGAGCGCUGAAUUCGUAACUCUCAACGACUGCCUUCAGUUGGCAUAUCUGCCUUCCAAGAGGAAUCACAUGCUGCUUCUGUACCCUCGAGAGAUUUUAAUCCUGGACCUUGAGGUGAAUCAGACAGUGGGUGUUAUCGCCAUAGAGCGAACAGGAGUUCCAUUUCUACAGGUGAUACCCUGCUUUCAGCGUGAUGGUUUAUUUUGCCUGCAUGAAAAUGGUUGUAUUACUUUACGUGUUCGCAGAUCUUAUAAUAGUAUUGUCAGCGCUUCAAAUGAGGAGCCAGAUCCAGAUCCCGUUCAGGAGCUGACCUAUGACUUACGCAGCCAGUGCGAUGCCAUCAGGGUGACAAAGACAGUUCGUCCGUUUAGUAUGGUGUGCUGUCCUGUCAACGAGAACACGGCUGCCCUCAUAGUGAGUGACGGAAGGGUCAUGAUAUGGGAGCUGAAGUCUGCUGUCUGUAAUCGUGGUUCCCGGAACAGUAGUUCUGGAGUGUCACCUUUAUAUUCCCCUGUGUCCUUCUGUGGGAUCCCUGUCGGAGUGCUACACAGCAAGCCCCCAGACCUCUCCUUGGAUAACAUGAUUGGACAAAGUGCCAUUGUUGGAGAAGAACUUCCCAAAGGCUCAGUCUUGCAGGAGGUGCACCUGAGGUUCCUGCUCACAGGACUGCUGUCAGGACUGCCCCUACCGCCGUUUGCCGUCCGAAUGUGUCCACCCUUGACCACAAAGAAUAUCCACAUGUAUCAGCCCCUGCUGGCUGUCGGCACAGGUAGUGGUUCUGUCCUGGUGUACCAUCUCACCAGCGGGCUGCUGCACAAGGAACUCAGCGUCCACUCCUGUGAAGUCAGAGGUAUUGAAUGGACAAGUUUGACUGGUUUUCUUUCUUUUGCUACCUCAACACCAAACAAUAUGGGAUUAGUGAGAAAUGAACUUCAGCUGGUUGAUCUUCCAACAGGUCGGAGCAUUGCUUUCCGUGGUGAACGAGGCAAUGAUGAAUCACCUAUCGAAAUGAUUAAAGUGUCUCAUUUGAAGCAGUAUUUGGCAGUUGUAUUCAAAGAUAAACCCCUGGAGUUAUGGGAUGUUAGGACUUGUACCCUCCUUAGAGAAAUGUCCAAAAACUUCCCUGCAAUAACAGCUUUGGAGUGGUCACCAUCUCACAACUUGAAGAGCCUGAGAAAGAAGCAGCUCGCCACUCGCGAGGCCAUGGCCCGCCAGACUGUGGUGUCAGACACAGAGCUGAGCAUCGUUGAGUCAUCCGUCAUCAGCCUGUUGCAGGAAGCAGAAAGUAAAUCUGAGCUCAGUCAGCACUUCUCUGCCCGCGAGCAUUUUGUGUUUACUGACAACGAUGGCCAGGUUUAUCACCUCACUGUUGAAGGCAACUCGGUGAAAGAUAGCGCACGGAUCCCACCAGACGGAAGCAUGGGCAGCAUCACCUGCAUAGCUUGGAAAGGUGAUACCUUAGUUCUCGGUGAUAUGGAUGGAAACUUGAACUUUUGGGAUCUGAAAGGCCGAGUAUCCAGAGGGAUACCUACACACCGAAGUUGGGUGAGAAAAAUUCGUUUUGCCCCCGGUAAAGGAAACCAAAAAUUAAUAGCAAUGUACAAUGACGGAGCUGAAGUGUGGGACACCAAAGAGGUUCAGAUGGUGAGCAGUUUAAGAAGUGGAAGAAACAUGGCCUUUCGGAUACUGGAUGUGGACUGGUGCACAUCAGACAAAGUGAUCUUGGCGUCAGAUGACGGAUGUAUCAGAGUCCUGGAGAUGUCGAUGAAGUCCACGUGUUAUAGGAUGGACGAGCAGGAGCUGAUCGAGCCUGUGUGGUGCCCAUAUCUCCUUGUUCCCAGGGCCUCCCUGGCCUUGAAAGCCUUCCUACUGCACCAGCCUUGGGGUGGACAGUACUCGUUGGACAUUUCUCAAGUCGAGUAUCCAGAAAGUGAAGAAAUAAAGACUGUCCUUCAGGAGCAACUGAAUUCGUUGUCCAAUGACAUAAAGAAGCUCUUACUGGACCCAGGAUUCACUCUCUUGCAGAGGUGCCUGCUUGUUUCAAGGCUCUAUGGUGAUGAGUCGGAGCUGCACUUCUGGACUGUGGCUGCCCACUACCUGCACAGCUUCUCCCAGGAAAAGUUGACAGACACAGCGGCGACCCCAGAGGCUGCUCCUCAGGAGAGAGUGAACAACCCCCUUGACAUGUGCUAUGACAUCCUCUGUGAAAAUGCCUAUUUUCAGAAAUUUCAACUGGAAAGGGUGAAUCUACAGGAAGUAAAAAGGUCAACUUACGAUCACACCAGGAAAUGUACAGACCAGCUCCUUCUCUUGGGCCAAACAGACCGGGCCGUGCAGCUGCUGUUGGAGACGAGUGCAGACAACCAGCACUAUUACUGCGACUCCCUGAAAGCCUGCUUGGUCACCACUGUCACCUCCUCAGGCCCUUCUCAGAGCACCAUUAAGCUGGUGGCCACCAACAUGAUUGCCAACGGCAAGCUGGCAGAGGGCGUGCAGCUGCUCUGUCUGCUGGACAAAGCUGCGGAUGCCUGCCGCUACCUGCAGACCUACGGCGAAUGGAACCGGGCCGCCUGGCUCGCCAAGGUCCGCUUAAACUCUGAAGAGUGUGCCGACGUCUUAAAGCGGUGGGUUGACCACCUGUGCUCUCCACAAGUCAAUCAGAAGUCAAAGGCCCUCCUGGUCCUGUUGUCCCUGGGUUGCUUCUCCAGCGUGGCCGAGAUGCUUCACAGCAUGAGGUACUUUGACAGAGCUGCGUUGUUCGUGGAGGCCUGUCUGAAGUACGGCACCAUGGAGGUCACUGAAGAGACAGAGAAACUCGUCUGUGCUGUGUAUGCAGACUACGCCCGCAGCCUGAAGCACCUGGGCUUUAAGCAGGGAGCCGUUCUGUUUGCUUCCAAAGCUGGGGCUGCUGCCCGAGACUUACUGGCUGAGCUCGCGUGCCCCAAGGAAAAGCCUGCGGAAGACUGACGGC